AUGCUGUUCAGCGAAGAAGCCAUCCGGGCCGCGUUCCCGGCCCUCGUCCAGCAGCAGCAGCAGCAGGGCGGCCAGGUGCUGCUCGACAACGCCGGCGGCAGCCAGGCCCUCGGCAGCGUCGCCGACUCCGUGCGCGACUACCUGGCCGGCGCCCGCGUCCAGCUCGGCGCCUCGUACGCCGCCAGCCGCGCCUGCGCCGCGCGCUUCGCCGCCGCCCACGACGCCGCCGCGCGCUUCGUCAACGCCCGCGCCGUCGACGAGGUCGUCUUCGGGCCCUCGGCCACCCAGCUGCUGCGCAACCUGUCCCAGGCCCUCGACUUCCGCCCGGGCGACGAGCUGGUCGUCUCCGCCAUCGACCACGAGGCCAACGUCGCGCCCUGGCUGGACCUUGCCCGCCGCCAGGACCUCGUCGUCCGCUGGUGGCGCCCGCCGCCCGACACCCCCGAUCCGCACCUGAGGCCCGAGCAACUCGCCGCCCUGCUGUCGCCGCGGACGCGCCUCGUCGCCUUCACCCACGCCAGCAACGUCCUCGGCACAAUCACCGACGUCAGGGCCGUCGCCGACGAGGCCCACAAGGUCGGCGCCCUCGUCUGCGUCGACGGCGUCGCCUUUGCGCCCCAUCGCCCCGUCGACGUCCAGGCCCUCGGCGUCGACAUGUACGUCUUUUCCUGGUACAAGGUCUUCGGCCCCCACGUCGCCACCCUCUACGCCAGCUGGGGCGCCCAGGCCCAGCUGCGCUCGCUCGGCCACUUCUUCAACCCGUCCCUGACCCUCGCCGACAAGCUGGGCCUCUCGGCCGCCAGCUACGAGCUCUGCCAGGCCGUCACCCACGUUGUCGACUACCUCGGCCCCUCGCCCGCCUCCGACAUGUGGAGCGCCAUUGUCGGCCACGAGUACAAGCUGCAGUCGGCUCUGCUUGCCGCUCUCCGCGACAUGCCCGCGUGCACCAUCUACGGCGUGCCCCAAGCCGACCCGCACCUGCGCGUUGCCACCGUCAGCUUCACCGUCCGGGACUGGGACUCCAAGGACUUCGUCGAGGCCGUCGAAAAGGUCUCCAACUACGGCUUCCGAUGGGGCGCCUUUUACUCCAGCAGGCUGGUCCGCGACACCCUGCGCCUGGGCGAGCACGGCGUCGUGAGGGUGAGCAUGGUGCACUACAACACGAUGGACGAGGUCAACGGCCUGAUCAAGGUGCUGGAAAGGGUUGUUUCAAGAUGA